AUGAAGGACCGCGCGGGGAAAUGGGAAAAGUUCGACGGCCAAGCCGAGAAAUACUACCCGGCAGCCACUUUUGAGCUUUUCCAUGCAACAACAGCCGUUCACGUCAUUUCUGCGGUGCAGACGCUUCUCAUCGCGGGCUUUGUCGUGAUCUAUUUUGCCAUGGAAGCACAUGGUUUCUUUAUUUUAAAAAACUAUUUUCGUCUUGUCGUCGCCUCGGUGGCCACGCUGUAUUUGGCGGGGAUUGUGGCGGCAGUGUUUGGGGCUUAUUUGGAACGACGACAUUUCCUGAAUAUCCAGAUACUCGUCCUCCGGUCGCUGAUGCUUUUUGCCGAUAUUAUUGCGCUGGCCAUUAUUUUGAUCAUGGCCAUUGGUAAUCGGCAAAAGUGGAUCGAGGCCAUCCCCACGCAUUUUGUUAAUGCGAAACAAUUUUACGGGCUUCUCGGGCCCUUCUGGAUGUACCUGGGCGCUAUUUCGCUGCACAUUACCGUAGCUGGGAAUAUGGUUUUUCAGAAGGUGAUCAAUGGAUGCAUCAAGUACUUUGAGGACAAGGAACAAGCCGAGGCC